AUGAUUACUGAAUUGGUACAGAAAUUUUCUGAGUUAGGAUUAGUAGAGCAGGGUCAGACUGAGCGAGGUAUUCUGUUAUCUAUGGUUGCCCAGUCACCCAUUGUAGAGAGGAUUAAAGAAGCUCAGGCUACAGAUCAGCAUCUGCAAUUUUUGUGUAGCAGAAUUACCCCAGAACAACAGACAGGGUUUUCUUGCGAUGGAAAUGGAAUUCUAUACUUCCGGGGGAGAUUGUGUGUUCCUGAGCUACCUUCUUUGAAGGAGGACCUACUUCAGGAGGCACACCGAUCCAAAUUUGCGAUUUAUCCUGGUGGUACAUGUAUGUAUAGGGAUCUGAGACGUUCUUAUUGGUGGGCUGGCAUGAAGAAAGACAUCACGGAUUUCGUUGCACGAUGCCUUGUAUGUCAGCAAGUGAAGGCUGAACAUCAGAGACUCGCUGGUUUACUCCAGAAGAUACAGAUACCGGAAUGGAAAUGA